AUGACUUCACUUUCACAAAUUGAUCACGCUUUACUGGGUCUUCAAAAAUUCAUCAAAGUGUCAAUCAAACAAAACAGCCGGCUAAAAAGAAGCCACUUUUCAAAGGAGCCGCAUAUAGGAGGGCCCAAAACGGUUACAAAUUUUGGUUUGAGGAGCCCCUCCCUCCAAAGUGCUCGAAAAAGUCAAUCGGAUCGAAGCACAAUCCAAUGGGCUUGCCAAAUAACCUCGCAGCACAACGAAAAAUCAGGCAAAAUGCAUUUAUUCCUCCUUCAAAACCGUUUUUGUAUCAAUAAUAUAAAAUGUUGUUAA